AUGAGCCGCGAUGCCAAGCUUCCUCCCGCAGCCAUGGAGCCCAAUCUCCCCGUCGGGCCGCCUCUAGAGGCUGAGAUUCUGCACAUUGACGCUCCUCGAAUGCAGUAUCGCAGCCGUCCUGUCUCUGUCGCCGUCGACCCCGUCUCUCUCGUCAUCUCCGAAUGUAUAUCGAUCACUUCGGCAAUCCAGAAGCAUGCCCGCUCACCGCACUCGUCCGUCUCGGCCAUUCUAGGCGGCAACCCCAAUCCCAUUAGCCUUGGGGCGCCGAGCUCCAGCUCCAAGCCCAGGCGCAAGUCACACGCAGGGGGCCCUGGCUCCGACAAUCAGGAUCUUACAAUAAACACAAGAUGGGGUCUUCGCGGGCAAAAGGGCAAGAGCAUGCAGGACGAUCCCAUGAUAUCGGGGUUUGGUGCCUUGCGUCACGAUAUUGCUGGCGUCAAAGAUAUUCGCACCUUUGAUGCGCCGGCACUUCUCGCUCCUUUUCUACUAGUCAUUCAAGCAAAGGGCACCGCCGCGCCCAUUACGAUCCUCGCCCUCGGAGCGCUCCGAAAGUUUCUGGCAUACGGCUUCGUCUGCGCCAGCUCGCCACGUUUUGCGCUUGCUAUGCAGUCUCUAUCCUCUGCUGUAACACAUUGCCAAUUUGACGUCAGCGAUUCGGCGCAGGGAGAAGUUGUUCUUCUCAUGAUUCUCAACCUCAUGGAGGACAUGAUGUCCGGCCCAGGUGGUGACAUACUGAGCGAUGAGAGCGUCUGCGACAUGAUGGGCCGUGGUCUCGCCAUCUGCUCUCAGCCGCGCUUCUCCCCUGUCCUGCGCAGAACUGCCGAGGCUGCCAUGGUCAGAAUGUGCCAGAUCAUUUUUGAGGAUGUGAAGCACCUCGACGUUGAAAUCCGCGACGAGUCCGAUGCCUUUGACCAAAAGGAUGAUACCUUGCACAUGGAGACACAUGCAUCUGCCACCACUCCUGAACAGCGCGACUCGACGUCAACACCGACGCCCGAAGAGUCCCAGAAACAGCCAGUCGCGAUCGACUCCGAACAAGACAAACAAGCUACCGCGGCUGCUGAGCCCAAAAAUGACGGUGGGAGUGAAGCGAGCGAUGAUUCGGAGUCAGUGGACUUGAAACCGUACUCAUUACCGUCCGUCCGCGAGCUUUUCCGUGUUUUGGUCAAUUUCCUGGACCCGAAUGACAGACAUCACACCGACACCAUGAGAGUCAUGGCGCUUAGAAUCAUUCACGUGGCUUUUGAAGUAGCUGGGCCUUUUAUUGCGCGACAUCCUGCUCUAGCAACUAUCGCAGAGGACAAGCUGUGUUCUUAUUUAUUCCAGCUAGUUCGAUCGGACAACAUGGCCAUCCUCCAGGAGUCUCUCAUCGUCGCAGGAACGAUGCUUGCCACGUGCCGCGGCGUUUUGAAGCUGCAGCAGGAGUUGUUCCUUUCUUACCUGGUGGCCUGCUUGCAUCCUACCGUUCCCAUCCCUCGUGAUAUGGGCAUCGAGGCUUCUCUUUUCGCAGGUAUUCCGGAAACGCCAAAGCUUGUCAAGCCCCCAUCUUCUCAAGCUGGUAGCGGCCGUGCCACACCGGUCCCUGUUAAAGACAGACAAAAGCUUGGUUUAGAAGGUGGCUCACGCAAGCCAGAUGCUAGACAGGCCAUGGUUGAAAGCAUUGGUGUGCUUUCACGGAUGCCUACGUUUAUGGUCGAACUUUUCGUCAACUAUGACUGCGACGUUGACAGAGCUGACUUGUGCGAGGACAUGAUUGGGCUGCUUUCUCGUAAUGCUCUGCCCGACUCCGCCACUUGGAGCACCACAAGUGUUCCUCCCCUCUGUCUCGAUGCUCUUUUGAGAUAUAUUCAGUUCAUCGCUGAGCGACUGGACAAGAAUCCUGUCACAGAUGGCUAUGUUCAGUCUGAUGUUCUGCGAGAGCAGCGCCGGAGAAAGAAGAUCAUUAUCAAAGGUACGAGCAUGUUCAAUGAGAAACCAAAGAAUGGCCUUGGAUAUCUGGAGGCGCAAGGCAUUUUGAACAGCGCGCGGGAUCCUAAAGAAGUGGCUGCAUUCUUGAAAGAAACGUCACGAGUGUCCAAAUCUGUUCUUGGCGAAUAUCUCUCAAAGACUGGAAACGAACAAGUCCUUAAAGAAUUUUUGGAUCUCUUUGACUUUUCCGGAAAGCGCCUCGACGAAGGACUUCGACUACUCUUGGAGUCUUUUCGUCUCCCUGGUGAAGCACAGCUCAUUGCCAACAUUGUCGAAAGCUUCUCUGAGAAGUACUGUACCUGCGAUACUCCUGAGCAGGUUGCGAACAAGGAUGCCGCUUACGUCCUGAGCUAUGCAAUUAUUUUGCUGAAUACCGACCAGCAUAACCCCACCAUCAAGGCCAAUAGGCGCAUGACUGUUGAAGAAUUUUCACGAAAUCUUCGCGGCGUCAACGAUGGCAAGAACUUUUCGCCCGAAUACCUUUCUGACAUUUAUGACUCGAUCAAUUCGAAUGAAAUCAUCCUGCCAGAUGAGCACGAUAAUCAGCACGCGUUCGACUACGCUUGGAGGGAGCUUUUGUUGAAGACCGAGCCAGCCGGCAAUCUCGUUCUCUGUGACACGAAUAUCUACGAUGCCGAUAUGUUCGCAGCAACAUGGAAACCGAUCGUUUCUACCCUUUCAUACGUCUUCAUGUCUGCCAGUGACGACGCCGUCUUCGCCAGAAUAGUAACUGGUUUUGACGAAUGUGCUCGUAUUGCCGCCAAAUACAAUAAUGUGGAGGCCCUCGACCAGAUCGUCUACUGCCUCAGCUAUAUGACGAAACUAGCAACAGACACAACGUUCAACACAGCACUGAACACGGAGGUCCAGGUAGGCGAGACCAGUGUCAUGGUAAGUGAGUUGGCUGUCAAGCUUGGCCGUGACUUCCGCGCUCAGCUUGCCACGCUCGUUCUCUUCCGUGUCGUUACUGGCAGUGAGCACAUCAUCAAGAAUAGCUGGAAACAUAUCAUUCGUAUAUGGGUCAACCUUUUUGCAAACUCGCUGGCGUCCCAGUUUGGCUCACCUGACCUUCCUGCUCUUGGCCUGCCCAACAUUCCUCUUCAGUCGCCGUCGCAGGUUAUUGACCGCGGAGCGCGGUCGCCCGAGACUGGUUUCUUCUCUGCAUUCACCUCAUACAUCUCCAGCUACGCGGCAGAUGAUCCUCCCGAGCCAUCAGAUGAGGAGCUAGAGAGCACUUUGUGCACGGUCGACUGCAUCAACUCCUGCAAACUCGGAAAUGUCUUCCAAAACGUUGCAAAACUACCUGUUGCUACUACGAAGCUGAUUGUCUCUGGUCUUCUUGGCCAGCUCCCAGAUGAUGACAGCGCAACGAUCAUGAGCGUCAAGCAAGACAAUAUACCGAAUCCACCUCCCAGUGGGCACAUAGCAGCGUCGGGGCCUCUCAAGUAUGAUCCUUCGGUUGCAUAUAUUCUCGAAUUCGCUACGAUUUUGGCUACCAGGGACUCUGAGUCAGUCGAAGAAAUGGCGGAGCUUGUCUUCCAAACGGUGCAAGGAAUAUUGCGCCACUCAUCUCAGUGGCAUGCCAUCACUGUUUCUCGGGCUGUCUUUUACGGACUACGUAUACUGAAGGACGGAUACGAUCACGAGAUUGUCAAUGUUCCCAGACUACUCCACACCAUUUCGGGCCUACCUCAGGAUGUGCUUGCCAGGACUUCAAGCACUAUUCUUAAUGGUUUGGCUGCUUGUACCGAGGAACCAGGUCCUUUGCGAAGCGAAAUGAUGACAUCGCCUGACUUUUGGGCAACACUUCGCGUUCUCGCCACCAGCCGCGAAUCUGCGGCGCAAGUCUUUGAGAUACUCGAGAAAGGAACGUCUGGUUCUCCUCCGGCCAUCAUGGCAGACAAUUACAUGGCGGCUGUUGCUCUGCUCGACCAAUUUGCCUCGAGCGCGAAUCCACUGGCCUCACCAGAGAAGCAAGCAGAGCAAGAAAGGCGGCGUCACGACGCGUCACGAAGAGAAGCCAAGGUUGACAAAGCAGCAGUUGAACGUGGCUGCAAAGCUAUUGACAGCCUCUACAGUAUGACUGCCAUUGUGCCGCAGCUAAUACAGCAGUCGCAGCUGGAAAGCGGUGAAGCCUGGUCCGCAUACUGGCUGCCCAUCUUUCAAUCCAUGAUGCAUCAGUGUGGAAAUCCGUGCCGAGAGGUUCGCCAGCUGGCAUUCUCUUCGCUACAUCGCUCGCUCCUCUCAGCGAAACUUACCACCAACGACCCGCAGGAAUGGACAGCUAUUUUCAGCAAGGUCCUGUUCCCCCUCAUUCUUCGCCUGCUGAAGCCUGAGGUGUUUUCGGCCGAUCGUGAUGGCAUGAGCAAGCUACGCGUGCAGGCUACGUCCUUACUUUGCAAAGUUUUCCUACACUAUCUAACGCUGCUCGCUGAAUGGGACGGGCUGCUGCCUUUGUGGAUUAAGAUUAUUGAAAUCAUGGACCGUCUCAAGAAUAGCGGACAAGGUGACACUCUGGAGGAAGCCGUUCGAGAGAAUCUUAAAAAUGUGAUCCUCUUCAUGGAGAGCAACGGAGUCUUGGUGCCCCAGACGGAAGACUCCACUAAAAAAGAGAUGUGGAAGGAGACCUGGAAGCGUGUGGACCGAUUCUUGCCGGAUCUGCGAGCCGAAAUAGCACCCGCGCCAGACGAGCCGGAACCCAAGCCGACGGGUGGCGCAAAUGAUGCCGUGGCAAGCGCAGAAGUCGAUGCUCCGCAGGAGGCAGGGGGCCAAGAGGAGACAAAGGUUGGCCAAGAUGCCACCAAGGCAGGCCCAGAUGAGGGGCGGGCUACUGAAGAAACACAGCAAGUCGAACAGGCGGAUAAAGAGGAGCAAGAUGUGGACUGA